AUGUGUCUGCGUCGCGGCUCAUUUAACCCCAUUGCUUCAACCAUCGAACACUCGUCACGACGUCCGCCCCAUCUGAUUAAGACGCGGAGACAACAAUCCGGUGACCAUAGAUACUUGUGUGACGUUACAUUGUGGAUUGGCACAGUAGAGAAAAACUAUCCCGCUUUGAUCACAAGAGGAAAUGAUGUUCGGCAUAAAGAACCGGACUCCAGAAGCACAAAUGUUACUGUAUCCGAACUUCGUCUAAAAGCUAGUUGCGGAAUUCCACAAUGCCAGAGAAUUUCCCUUUAA